GAAAGUAAAAAAAGAUCAAUGUGUUUCGUUUCAAAUUAGCAUAACUUAGACCAAUGGUCAGCGUUAUUUAUGUAUUAUUCAGCGAAUUAUAAGUUUACUAUAGCAGCACUUGCCUUCCAAACACACAGUCCGUUCGAUGUUUUGUUUGAGCUUACAGUUGUUGUAAGCCGUAACUUCGGAUUAAUUUUAAAAAAAUAUUUGGUUACUUGUUUUACGAAUUGAAAAUAUAAUUUUGAAAGUUUUGCAGUUGCACCACUUCUUCUCGAAAGCAUAAAAAUGAAUCGUUUAUCAGGAAUUUCGAAAGGUCUUCAUAAGUACAUUUUUAAUUCAGCAGAGCAAUACGCACUCACCUUAACAAUUAAGGAUAUGCCCCGACCGAAAACUUUACCUAUAAUCGGUACAAAACUCGAUUUUCUGCUAGCAGGGAGAGGUACCAAGCUCCACGAUUACAUUGAUGCGAGACACAAACAAUUAGGAAGUAUUUUUACUGAAAAUUUAGGCGGAAACACAGAUUUGGUAUUCAUCAGUGAUUCUGAUUUGAUGAAGUCAUUAUUCUUAAAUCUUGAAGGAAAAUAUCCUGUACACAUAUUACCGGAACCAUGGGUUUUGUACGAGAAAUUAUACGAUUUUAAAAGGGGAUUAUUCUUCAUGAAUGGCGAAGAAUGGUUGGAAAAUCGUCGAAUAAUGAAUAAACAUUUGCUUCGGGAAAAUUCCGACGCCUGGUUAGAAACCCCUAUAAAAGAAACAGUCAAAAAUUUUGUUGGAAAAUGGAAAAAUCGUGCUGCAGGUGCAAGUUGCGUCAUUUCGAACCUGGAUUUGGAACUUUACAAAUUGUCUACAGAUGUUAUUAUUAAAGUGCUUCUUGGCGCGGAUUCGAAACUUUCGGAGAGUAGGCAAUAUGAAGAUUUGAUUUCAAUUUUUUCGCAAGAAGUUAAAAAAAUAUUUCAGACGACAACAAAAUUAUAUGGCCUACCAUUAAAUUUAUGUCAAAGGUUAAACUUAAAAGUUUGGACAGACUUUAAAGAAAGUGUUGAUUCUUCAAUUUUUCUGGCUCAAAAAAUUGUGAAUGAAAUACUUUUGAAUAAGAACAAAACUAAUGGAUUGAUAAAGAAAUUAAGCGAUGACAACGUAAGCGAUGAAAUAAUAAAAAAAAUUGCUGUCGAUUUUGUAAUUGCUGCUGGGGACACGACUUCUUAUUCAACAUUUUGGUCACUUUUGAUGCUUUCCGAAAACAAUGAGACUAUAAAAGACGUUCGUGAGCAAGGUUCAUCAUUUGUAAAACACGUGGUAAAGGAGACAAUGCGCCUAUAUCCAGUGGCUCCGUUUUUAACGAGAAUAUUGCCCCAAGAAUGUUUGCUGGGACCAUAUAAAAUUAAUAAAGGGACCCCAAUUAUUGCUUCCAUAUAUACCUCAGGCCGUGAUGAACAUAAUUUCAGCAAUGCUCACAUGUUCCUGCCAUAUAGAUGGGACAGGAAUGACCCAAGAAAAGCUAGUCUCAAGAACCAUGUGCCUUCAGCAACAUUGCCUUUUGCUUUGGGAGCACGAACUUGCAUUGGGAAGAGGAUUGCUAUGAUGCAACUUACAGAGAUAAUAGAGCAGAUUGUGAAUAAUUUUAAUUUUAAGAUACAAGGUGGUGAAAAUGUUAAACCAAUCACUUGCCAAGUGUUAGUCCCGGACAGGCAUGUUGAAUUAUUCCUCAAUCCUAAGGAGACUUAA